AUGCCGUCUUGCAAGAAUUUUAGGAGGAGAAGAGACUCUUCUGAUGUUGAGGAGGAUGAAACGACUCAAGAAGUCAGAUGUAAAGUUGAAGAGGCCAAGGAGCUACAGAGUUUGCGGCGACGACAGAAUGGAGUCAGUGUGACUGCCUUACUUGUUGGAGAAAAAUUGCCUCCAGAGGUGGAGAUCGACAAUGACCCUUUCAAGCUCAAAACUGGAGGGGUUGUUGACAUGAAGAAAGUCAAGGAUCGGAAUCGUGAUAUGACAGAGGAUGAUACAGACCUUAACCUGGGUACAUCCUUUUCAGCUGAGACAAACAGAAGAGAUGAAGAUGCAGACAUGAUGAAAUACAUUGAGACAGAACUGAGAAGAAAGAAGGGCCUUGUGGAAGCAGAAGAACAAAAAGUCAAAGUGAAAAAUGCAGAGGACCACCUGUAUGAGCUGCCAGAAAACAUCCGCGUUAACUCUGCCAAGAAGACCGAGGAAAUGUUGUCCAAUCAGAUGCUGAGUGGUAUCCCUGAAGUUGACCUUGGUAUUGAUGCAAAGAUAAAAAACAUCAUCCAGACAGAAGAAGCCAAAGCUAAGCUGCUUGCAGAACAAAGGAACAAGAAAAAAGAUAAUGGAACAUCGUUUGUGCCUACAAACAUUGCUGUCAACUAUGUCCAGCAUAACCGCUUCUAUCAUGAGGAUGCCAACACAGCUCAGAGGCAUCAUAGACGAGAGAGAGAGGAACCUAAAGCAAGGCCACUGCGUGUAGGGGACACGGAGAAACCAGGACCAGAGACAUCAGAGCCACCAAACUUCCGCAAACGGCCAAAUAACGAAAAGGCGACCGAUGACUACCAUUACGAGAAAUUCAAGAAGAUGAAUCGGCGAUAUUAA